UAAUGUCUACUAGUAAUAUCACAAAAGUUAUUGUCUAUUGUGAUCUGUUUUUUUUACAAAAAAAUGCGACAAAUGUUUCAAAAAUAACGAUUCAAACUAAGAUGUCACUUAUAAAUGGUAAAAAAGAUUGAUGUUAAAACUGUCGUCCCAUAUAAUAAAUGUAUUCAUGAAAAACUUAACAUAAUGAUACAAAAGACUUGGAAGCGAGAUCGUACUAAUAUUAAAAAGAAAAUGCAUUUCAACACAUAAUUAAUUUUUUUUGAUACUACCUUUCUAUAAAAAGAAAAACAUACGCGUUUUUGUUAAAACAUAAUAAUUUUAAAAAACAAUAGAUUGAAAUGUUUUGUAGGGUCACUACAGCAUGAAAUUUUUUGAGAGAAUGUUAACAAAUCAGUAACGUCAUUUUACUGACGGUAGGAAAUAAUGCUUAAGGUGAUCAAAUCUACAUUCGACAUGUGUUUAUGCCUACCUAAUUGAAUAGAACCCGAUUACAACCUUAUACAAACAUCCUACUUUGUCAAGAAAACUAUGUAUUAGUUUCAUCACCCACUGUUAUCUUUAAGCUUGUCAUUAAGGACAGAAGUACACAGCUGCUAGCUAAAGCUGGAACCAGUAAAAUAGCUACUAUUUCAUUCAAAAUAUUUCUUUUAAAAUUCUAUUAGUUUAGAAAUCUUAAGCCCAAAAAUGUCUAAUUCUGGUGUUGAUAAUACUUUAGGAGAUUUUUUAGCGAGUCAUUCUCAGUGCUACAUUAAGAAUGUUUGCGUUAUAGCUCAUGUGGAUCAUGGAAAAACAUCCAUUUGUGAUUUUCUAAUAUCGACAAAUGGUUUUAUAACCCCUGAAUCAGCAGGCAAAGUACAGUUUUUGGAUUCUCGCGAAGACGAACAUCGUCGUAGUAUAACCAUGAAAUCAAGCUGCGUUGGUCUUCAUCAUAAAGUGUCUGACUCCUUGGAAUCAUACUUGAUUAACCUAGUUGAUUGUCCUGGACACGUAGACUUUUCAUGCGAUGUAGCAUCAAUGGUUAAUAUAUGUGACGGUGUACUUUUAAUAAUCGAUGUCGUCGAAGGAAUUCGUUCUCAAACAAAGCAUGUUGCUGAGAAAGCAUACAAGGAACGUUUACAGUUUAUUUUAAUUUUUAACAAAAUGGACAAGUUAUUUACUGAAUUAAAGUUGUCUUCUAUUGAAGUUGUCGUGUACAUAUCAAAUUUAAUUCAACAGGUUAACACGUUAUUCGAGCGUUUUGUUCCCGAGAAAUCUUUUAGAGAAACGCCGGAUACAACACUGAGAAGUCACCCUAUAGCAGCUCAAUCAAGUGACCCAUAUGUUCAAUUUUCGCCUGAAAAAGGAAAUGUUGUAUUUUGUUCUGCUCACGACGGAUGGGCUUUUACGCUUCCGUACAUUGCUAGCAACUUAGUAAAAAAACUCAACUUAGGAAAUAAGGUAUCUACUAAAAUAACAAAAGCUUUAUGGGGGUCCCAUUAUUUAAAUUCUAAAACCUUUACCGUUAGUACAAAACCUUUUUAUACAAACCAACCAACAAUGGCUGAAAAGCUUGUUUUUGAACCAAUUCAAAAGAUGUACCAAUUACUCCAACAAUGCCCGAAUCUCAGUGGUAUGAAGAAAACAUUGGAAAUGUUAUCUAUUGACUAUAAUACCUCUUCAAACGAAACUUUGACUGCACGAAGUGUAUUUUCUAAGUGGUUUCCUUUAGAGAAACAUUUAAUGAAUACUAUAAUAAAUAUUUUACCUAAUCCCCCAAAUGCAAUGCGUAACCGCAUUCAGCGAAUGUUUGCUUCUUCUACCUGUAUCAAUAGUUCUCAUGAGCAUUAUAGAAAAAAUGUAUUGGAUAAGGUGUUACCAUUGGUAAAAAAUUGUAGUAGUGAUCCGAGUACCGUUGUUAUCGUUUAUAUAACCAAGUUCCUUGGUGCAAAUCUUCGGCUAAAUACACUUACUGAGGAUCAUUCAUGUAAUACUUCGGAUCAACAGUACGUAGGAUUAUCACGUAUUUUCUCUGGUAUUUUAAGAAGUGGUAUGAUGCUUUAUCUCUGUAAAAAUUAUUCAGUGCAGGUAGGUUCAAAACCUACAGAUUUUUCAAUAGUGUAUCUUUGUGUUGCCUUUCAAAGUAUUUUGAAUCAUCUGCACACGGUCCGUCCUGCAAAGCCUCUCAUUGUGUGUAUGAAGUUUCAAAAAUUUAUCUACUUCAAGGACGCGAUUUAUUACCUGUACAAUCAGUUAGGUUUUUUGCAUUCUUAUGCUGAAUAUUAUUUUUAUAGCGGAAUUCCGUAUAAUGUUUGUUUUGGAUUAUUUUUGUCCCUACAGGUUUGCGCGGGGCAUAUUGUGGCAGUAUAUCUCACACUUCAAACUCAUUCAAAACACCAUAAUAGAAGCUCUACACAAGAAAAUACCACACUAUCGAAUGUUAACGCACAGAUAACUUCAUGGAAAGAAAAUUGCUUCAGGUCCAUUUCUCAAUUCAUGACACUAUCAACUGAUGUGAGUUGCCCCCCUAUUCUGGUUCCAGACGUCACGAGAAAUCAAGCCAUUGUCCGUGUACAACUAGAACCAAAACACAUCGACAAUUAUUCAUUGUUACUACACGGUUUGAAAAAUAUGUAUCAAGCGGAUCCGAGCCUUGAGGUGGAUGUUAGUACUCAUGGAGAGCUUAUUUUAAGUUGCUUUGGUGAAGUUCAUUUAGAGAAGUGCAUCAAUGAUUUGGAAAACGUUUAUGCGAAAAUUCCGGUACAAGUUUCUGAUCCAAUUAUCUUUUUACGUGAAACUCUCUACGGAGGCGAUAAUUUAAAAAAUUCAAACUCUACAUUAUCGAGUCGUUUACAUCCAUCGUCUCUAGUGACCCCGUUUCCCCCCUGGAAUUGUGAUAAAAAUAAUCACAUUAAGCUCGACUGUUCUACUUUGACAGCACAAACAAUGUCAUUCAAUUCUUAUUUUGCUGAGGGGAUACUUCAAGAAACUAAUUUACUUUUUAGAGUAUUCGCAGAACCACUUCCUGGUCAAGUUUUACUUUGGUUAGAAGCUAACGCAACUGAGUUGCAGCAUUACGUCAAUUCUAUACCGUUUUCAUCGUGGACGUGGUCUAUGGAAAAAACUAUACGAUCACUAUGGACACCUUGCAAAAGUACCAUUAAAAAUAUUCAAAAAACAAUUCAAGCUCCUGAUAUAUCGUUAUACUAUGAUAACGAUGAAAAACACAAUAAUUUAAUUUCAAAAGAACCGCCUAGUAACAUCCUUUUAGGAGUGGAUGUAAAUGAAGGAGGACGUAAUCUACUUUAUUUACGUAAAGGAAGUUUUACCCAUUCAAAUGAUGAGAAUCUACAUACAGAAAGUAAUGUUUUGAAAGCUUUACAGCCCUUGCUUGGGUCUAUUCGCACAGGAUUUCAACUUGCCUGUCGAGCCGGUCCUCUUUCGGAAGAAACGAUUUUAGGCGUUGCUUUUUCUGUGAGUAUUGAUUGUGAAGCUAGAAAAGAAGUGACUGGGCUUCAGUCAACUCCUUAUAGUUUUCAAAAAAGCGAACCGGUAUUAUGCCAUGAAACGAAUUUGUUCACUGACAUGUUGAAGACUAAUAGUACUAAUAUUGGGAACGAAUCAUCUCCUGCUUUGAAUCAAUACAGCUUACACAGCUAUGGAGCAACUAUUAGUUUUUUUCGUGAUCUUUGCCGACAAAGUUUUUUACAACGAGGUCGUUUACGUAUUUUUGAGGCUAUGCUACAUCUAGUAGAGCUUGUAUGCGAUCAAGGAGUUUUAGGGAAAGCAUAUUCUGUAUUAUCUAAAAGACGGUCACAAAUUAUUUCUGAAACUAUUAAUGACCAGAAUUUGACCUUCAAUGUAAACGUUUUCAUCCCGAUGUCGGAAUCUUUUGGUUUAGCUAAGGAAUUGAGAUCAAAAGCUAGUGGACACAUUACAUUACAACUUCAAUUUUCCCAUUGGAAAAUGAAUACCGAAGAACCAUUUCCAGAAACCUGCCUAACAUAUGAGGAUGUCGAACGAAACGGACAACAAACAAGUAAAGAGUCUUGCACCGCUCGUAAAUUAAUUUAUGAUAUACGAAAAAGAAAAGGGCUUAUUCUUGACAAGAAGGUGGUGCAAACCUCAACAAAGCAGCGGACAUUAACCAAAAAUAAAUAGGCCAAAACGAACUUUUUUGAUAACAAUUGUUUUCGUUCAGUAUAUAUUACACCUAUUU